CUGAUCCGUCUCAUGAAAUAAACUGGGCUUAACCAAAUCCUGUCACAUCUCACUGGUUUUAAUAACUGGCCAUGAGAUGAAAAAGCCAUAUUAAUGGGAAGCCUUUCUUCCUUCGCUAAGUAUUUAGUGGACUAUUUCUUCUUGCCCUUGAAAGCACUGGCAGUAAAAACCCCUCAACCGACUCCAGCAAGUUCCCAAUCUAAAACACCCGAAACCGCAAUUGGCACCCCUCAACGUGUUUCAAAUCUGCGACAAGCGUGCCUUAUACGUGACCGCCAUCGAUGUGUUAUUACUCGGAAAUUUGAUGCUCAAGAGGCUCAGAAACGAUAUAAGCGAGAUAGGCGCAACAUCAAGGAUGAUGAUGGAUUAUCGCUACUUCCUGAACGCGACGCCAUGGCAUAUCUAGAAGUCGCGCAUAUAAUACCUCACUCUCUUAUGUCGGUUACAGGUGAAGGUGAAUGGAGACUUACGGAUACAAAACAAAUGGCUUAUCAAAUCUUAAAGAUGUUUAACCCUGAUGCUAUCCACUUGAUCAAUGGUGUCGAUAUUGAUCGACCGAUGAACGCAUUGACCCUAACUCAUGACCUUCACAAGCUAUUCGGGAACUUCGAGAUAGCAUUUUCACCUGUCGGUUCCCAACCACAUACCUACACGAUCGAUUACUUGGAGUCAGACCGUAUGGGUCGAAUUGAAAGGCUCCCUAUUACUGUUACACUUUAUCUCACGCCUGAUCGAAGUAUAGACCCGCCUUCCCCCCAACUUCUAAAGAUUCAUCACGCCAUUGGACGCAUACUACAUAUGAGCGCCGCUGGUGAUUAUAUAGAUGAUAUCCUCUAUAAUAUAGAAGGAAUGGAAAGCGGACAAGUAAUGCCGAACGGAUCUACGCGUCUUGAUGAUUACGUCAGGUUUAGGCUCGGGGGGGAUGUCAAUGUUUGUAUAUUAGAAAACUAUCUGUCGUGUUAUCAUGUCCUGGAGCCCUGCUAGUCCAAGGUUUUACCAGAGAUACCCGAUAUUGAGAAAGUGGAUAGACAGUCAAGGACCCCUGACCCAUGCAUCGGUAUUGCAGAUUCCUGUACCACCAUCUAGCCUCACGUAGAGCCUAAAACCAGUCCUGUAAGAGUACGGGUUGUUGUCUCUACAGAGUUGAGAUUCUUCAGGACUUAUUUCUUGGCUUGCCGG